AUGAAUCUUGUAUCAUUUGCUCCAGGCUUUUCUGCUUGCUUUUUUCAGCCUGCUUCAUAUUUAUUAGUGAUGAGUUAUUAUCCACUGGUUGUUAAAGUGCUUCUCAUCCCUUGUUUGAUGAUCACUUUUGGUUUAUAUACAGUGAGAAAUAUUCGAAAAGUAAACAAAACUACUCCGACUCCGUUGAUACACAGUACAACAACAACAGCAAAUGGAAAUUCUCGUAUUGUUCGAUCAAAAGAUCAACAACUUAUUAAAAUUUUAUUGAUGGAUAUAACCGUCUAUAUUGUAUUCAAUUUUAUACAAUCUGUUAUUGUUAUUUAUCAACAAAUUGGUCAAAAUCAACCACAGACUAUUUUACAAUCUCAAAUAGGAGGAUUUAUUUUUAUUCUUGCCCUCACAUGUUCGCCAAUUCCAUUAUAUAUUGGAUGUUACACCAAUCUAAUUGUAUCGAAAACUUUUCGACAAGAAAUGAAAAGUAUUCUGAUCCUCAGAUGA